AUGGCGUCGAUCUCAGCGGCUCCGCCAAUCAGAAUCGGGGCGGAAGGAGUGCCGGUCGACUUUCCUGUGCUGUGCCUCGGCUUCGUGGCAUGCUCGAUCACAGCAGCGCUCUCUGUCAUGCUCGUCGCCGCCGUGCCUGCCCUUCUGGCCAUCCGCAAGGCAGCACAGGCGUUGGAGCGGUUAGCAGAGGUGGCGAGGGAGGAGGUGCCAGGGACGAUGGCAGCGGUGCGGCUGUCAGGCAUGGAGAUGAGCGACCUGAGCAUGGAGCUGAGUGACCUCAGCCAGGAGAUAUCGCAAGGGAUCAGGAAUUCCGCUCGUGCAGUGCGACUUGCCGAGGAUGGGUUGCGGAGAGUUGGCAGUCUGGCAGCUGCACGCACAGCAGCGAUGAUUGAGGAGCGAGCAGUGGUGCCUGUUCCCUCGGUCACUCCAGUGAUUGCUUCCGCAGCUAGCAGCACGAAGAAUGCAAUUAGGGGGGCGAGGGAUGUGGUCUCACAAGUUUCCCUCAUUAGUCAAUUCUCCAACUUCCUUCCUUGGGCUGACAACCAGCCAAACCGCCGUUAG